UUUGCUUAAUUACUACUGAUUGUGGACUCAAUUUUUACGCUAAUUAAUUACCCUGAGACCGUUAACUAACUAUAUUCACCUAUCGAUGUUUGUGACCAUCAUGAAUUGCUGUCAUUCUUGAAAGAAUCAAUGUUUAUACUUGACUUGAUUGGUUGAGAAUAUUUUUUUUUAUCCUUUUUUCAUUAUUUUUAUUAAUUGAUUUCAUCUUCUUCUUUGAUUUUUCUUUUUAUUUAAUAUUGUGUGUUACUCGCCUUUUUUUUAUACUCUUUAAGAUCAGUAUUACCUUUCAGACUGAUGUCACUUUUUAAAAAACCCAAAAGUAAAAUUAAUGUUCGAGUUACCCGAAAUGACUCGGAUGAAGAUGAUGAGAGUAGGACGAUAACUAAUGUUAAGCCGGUUGAUGAAAAAAUUGACAUUUUAAAACAAUCUCAAAAUACUGGUGAAUUUCAAAGAGUACGUGAUGAUGGUGGUACCGGUGGAAUUGCUGUCUUACCUGAUGAGCCUGCAUCUUCUUCUGUUCUUAAACCUUCAUCUCAAUCUGCUGCGGGAGAGAAAAAAUUUGAAGCAAAGGUGAAAUUAAAAUUGAGCUUUGGUGAUGAUGAAGAGGAUGCUGAUGUAUUCCAGGUUAAGAAGUCAGCUUAUAGUAGACGAAUUGCCAAACAGAUGAAAAGAGAAAAAAAGAGAAAAGAAAAAGAGGAGAAAUUAGAGGAAACCAAAAGAUCCGAUAAACUAUCAAAUAGUGAACCAUUUUUCUCUUUUAAUCAAAGAAGCAAAGAAGAUGAAAAAUCAGAGAUUGAAACCUCAGAUCUUCCACCAACACCCAAAGAGAAAAAUAUUCAUUUUAAGGAGAUUUCAAGUCAUCAAUUCAAACCAAUGAGAGAGGGACAAUUUCCUUCUGCCAAAGAAAUUUAUGAUGCUAGAAAAAAGCGUGAGGAAGAUCGUAAGAAGAUGAAGAUUGAUAAUACAAUCGAAGAUUUCAUCUCGGUGGAAGAAGAGACAGCAGCGGAAAGAAUUGCCUUGGGUCAUAUGGAUGAUGAGCAACCAGUUUACGAAGAGGAAGGUGAUAAUGACGAUGACGAUGAAGAUGAAGAUGAUAGGAUUGAUUUCGCUGUUGAUAGAGAAGCAAUUGAAAGAGAGAGAACUAAAGAAGCUUUCAUUCAAGCUCAAGAAGAGGAUAAAGAUACAUAUAAUAAUAGAAAUCGAGAUAUCGAUGAUAGUGAUGAUUCUGAAGAUGAAAUUGACCUUUGGGAGAAGGAACAAAUUCGUAAAGGUGUUGGUUUUUCGAUUGGCUCUACAAAUCGAGAUCAUCAGCCAAACAAUCAGCUCAACGAUUUAAUGACUAAAUUAGAUUUACCAUCAACCAGUUAUAAAAGCUCAAUUUCUUCAUCCAUUCCCUAUUAUCUUCCAAGAACUCCCAGUUCUAAAGCAACCGAAGAUGCUAUUAAACAAUUGUCUGAUGAUAUUUGUGAGGCAAUUAAUCAAAUGAAUCGAGCAAUUGUUCAAGAUGAAGAGGAAUUGAAAAAUAUCAGAGAACAAAGGGAACAACUAAUGAACGAUCUUGAAGGAUUGGAAAAACAAAGUGGCCUGGACGAUAAGUCGAUGACGGAUUUUCUUCUCAAUUGGAAAAAGGGACAAAAGUCCACAAGAAAUAUCUACGAUAAAUAUGCUUCAAGUGACGAUGAUUAGUAAAACGAGAAAUGGUCAACUUUCCUCCUUUUUUACACAUAAAAAAAGCUAACACUUGAUAAUUAAAUUAUUCGUGUAAAUAUCGAAUCAAAUUUUGCGACAAACACCCAAUUCGAAAAGGUUUAAAUUGUUGCAAAAACGUAAAAAGAAAAAAGGUUAAUCAAAAAGCCAAUGUGAAUAUUUAUUGACCAUUAUUUGUAACUAUUUGCACUCUCUUAUUGUAAUAGUAAAAGAAAACGAAACUAAAUCAAUUUUCUAAACCGGGAA